AUGCCAGUUUUAUAUUUUGCCUCUAAGGAAGCUGACUCCAAGAGAAAAAAAAUCUACAUAGAGAAAGACACUAAAGUCCCCAAUGCAGCCAUCUUCACUGUCAACAAAGAAGACGACACUCUUGGAAAUGUAAUCACCACUCAGCUGUUAAAAGACCCCCAAGUUUUGUUUGCUGGCUACAAGAUCCCUCACCCCUUGGAGCACAAGUUUGUCCUGAGGAUCCAGACCACACCUGACUACACCUCACAGGAAGCUAUCACAAACGCCAUCACUGAUCUCAUAUCUGACACCACAAAUGCCAUCACUGAUCUGAUCUCUGACACCACAAAUGCCAUCACUGAUCUCUGA